AUGGCCCUGCCCGGACCUACCGUCACCGUUGGAGGUGGAAGCGGUGGUGAUGGUGGUGAUGGUGGUGGUGGUGGUGGCUUAAUGGCAAAAGGGAACGGGGGGAUUCUGGCCAGAAGGGAAGGGAUUUCUGCCGAACGUUGCCGUCCCCGCUGCACCGGUUGUCCAUGUAAUAUCUUCGACACACAAUCUGCAGCGCAGAGCGAGCCUGCUGCCAAUCCUGGAAUGCUGUUGGUGCCAGAACCUUUAAGCUCACCAAUCGGCUUGGCUGAGACUGCGCCGCAUGACGUUGAUGCUUCAUCGCAUGGCGGAGAGGCGGAUGCUGAGGCCGCAGCCAUCGGCGGCGUUUUGGCGCAUCUGGAUGCGUUUGCCUGA